GGAGAUGUUAAUCCAUUCAGCCUGACCAAGUGCCACAACACCAACACCUGAGGGAAACAUGGGCCUGUUGUCCAUUCUUCGGAGGCUGAAACAGUCUCCAGAACAGGAGGUGCGCUUACUGUUGUUAGGUCUGGACAACGCUGGCAAGACCACUCUGCUGAAACAGAUGGCAGCUGAAGAUAUCAGCCACAUCACCCCUACUCAAGGCUUCAAUAUAAAGAGUGUUCAGUCUUCUGGCUUCAAGUUGAAUGUUUGGGACAUUGGAGGUCAGCGCAAGAUCCGCCCCUACUGGAGGAACUAUUUUGAGAACACAGAUGUACUGAUCUAUGUGAUUGACAGCUCAGACAGGAAAAGGUUUGAGGAGACAAGUCUGGAGCUGGCUGAAUUGCUGGAGGAGGAGAAGCUUGCUGCCGUGCCACUGCUAAUCUUUGCCAACAAGCAGGACCUGAUGACAGCCACCCCGGCCUCUGAGCUGGCAGAAAGUCUCAGUCUGCACACUAUCCGGGAUCGCAUGUGGCAGGUCCAGGCCUGCUCAGCACUCACUGCUGAAGGAGUUCAGGAUGGCAUGACCUGGGUUUGCAGAAAUAUAACAUUUCGGAAGAAAUAAUUCAGGAAGCAAAAUAUCCGUGAAGAAUUGCAGUUGCACUUUACAUUUGACCCAUCCAGUCAUUUUAUGUC